AUGGGUUGUGGCGCCAGCCGCCCGCGCCGGCCCGGGUCGAGAGGGAGAGUCAAGGCCAAGGCCGCCCCGGAGUCUCGAAGGAUGCAGGUGGCCCGCCUCCGCGCCAAGAUCGCCCCCCGGGUCCUCGCCAGAUAUGAUAUCAAGGCUUUUAUCGGGACAGGCAGUUUCAGCAAGUUUGUCAGAGUGGAGCAGAAGACCACCAAGAAACCUUUUGCAAUAAAAGUGAUGGAAACCAGAAUGAGAGAAGGCAGAGAGGCAUGUGAGUCUGAGUUCUCCAUCCUGCGGUGGGUUAGCUAUCAUUACAUCGUCCAGCUCCUGGAGAUCUUUGAGGCCCAAGAUCAAGUUUACAUGGUGAUGGAGUUGGCUACAGGAGGGGAAUUCUUUGAUGGACUCAUCUCUCAGGGAUACUUUACAGAGCAGGACGCUGUCAGAAUCCUCCACACGGUUGCUGAUGGCAUGAGGUGUUUGAACGCAUUGAAAAUAACUCACAGGCACCUAAAGCCCGAAAAUCUCUUAUGUUAUCACCCAGGUGCAUAGUCAAAAUUUUUUAUCACAGAUUUUGGUUUGGCACACUCUGGGAACAAAAGUGGUGACUGGACAGGGAGGAUGCUCUGUGGGACCCCAGAGUAAAUAGCCUCCGAGAUUUUGCUAAGGAAACCUUACACCAGUGCAGUGGACAUGUGGGCUUUUGGCCUAAUCACAUAUGUUUUACUUAGCGGAUUCCUGCCUUUUGAUGGUGAAAGCCAUAUGAGACUUUACAGGAAGAUUCUGAAAGGCAAAUAUAAUUAUACAGGAGAUCUUUGGCCAACUAUUUCCCACUGGGCAAAGGUUAACAAACUACUGAUUUUGGAGGCUAAACAUCAAGUGUCAGCUGGGCAGGCCCUGGACCAUCCCUGGGUCAUCAUGACUGCAGGGUCUUCCAUGAAGAAUCUUUAGAGGGUCAUUUCCCAGAAUUUCAUGCGGAGGGCAUCUCCCCAACCACAGAGUCCCAGAUCUGCACAAUCUUCUAAGUGAUGUUCUUAUCAUAAAUCAAGGCAUAUGUGGAGCAAAAGAAACUUAAAGGUAGAAGAAUCACCACUAUCUGCACUUUAG